GUUCUCUUCACUGCCUCACAGGAGGAGUGAGAGGAGACAGACAGGCGACCCAGCCGUCAACAUCAGACAGUUUUUACUUUUAUCAGAACCGCUCGGUGUCAGUUGGGUCUGUUUUUCUCAUUUUAAUUGUAUUUCUCCUCCAUCAACUAUGACGCCUGAUACUUGCACGUGACGAAAAAUACGCUUUAAUGGUCUUGGAGCGGAAGUGAAAAUAAAAAGAGGGAACUUGUUGGAGGUUAACCCAUCUAAAGUGAUUUUUUUUUUAUUCGGACAAGUUGGGCUUCAGAACCUCGGGGCAUGGACACAAACGUUAAGGAGGGACUACUUUAUGUGCAACACCAAAAGUUUGGCAAGAAAUGGAAGAAAAACUGGUUCGUGCUCUACCCCGCCAGCCAGAACGGCAUCGCCCGCCUUGAGUUCUUCGACUCGCAUUCGGGCGGGGGAGGGUCCGUCGGCGGCUCCGGAGGCACCUCCAACGAGAAAUCCCGGAAGCUGGACAAGAAGAUCAUCCGCCUGUCUGAGUGCAUCUCCAUUCUGCCCGCUGUGACCGAGACCUGUCCCAAAGAAAACAUGGCAGCGUUUUGCGUGGAGACGAACGACAAGAUGCACGUGUUCGCCGCGGAAAAGAACACCGCCAAGGAGUGGAUGGACACCAUGUGUGAAAUCGCAUUUCAGGGAGGGAACGGGAGCGGCACCACUUCAGACUGUAACGGAGGACCUCUGGACCUGAAGAUGUCUGAAAAUAUGAUCUAUUACUCCAGAGAGGAGGUGAAUGAGUUCUGGGUGACCGUCCAACGCACCGACGCAUCCGAACGCUGUGGACUUGCAGGAAAUUACUGGCUGAAAGCAGAAAACGACGUGCUGAUCCUGAAGGACCCGAAGACAAAGAGGAAAACCCUGGUGUGGCCGUACAAGCUGCUGAGAAGAUACGGAAGGGACCGGGUGAUGUUUUCCUUCGAAGCUGGCCGCCGGUGCGACUCGGGUCCCGGCAACUUCACCUUUGAGACAAAGCAAGGCAACGAGAUCUUCUCGCUGGUGGACAAGGCCAUCCAACUGCAGAAAGAUCUGGAAGAGGACCGCCACCUCAGUGGCCCCCAGAGCUUGGAGUCCGACUGCCCGAUUUCGCUGCAGAACAUUCGGAACGCCCUUCCCGGUGGCGUGACGUCGGGAAGCGGUGACAGCAGCAGCUGCAGCAGCCGGGAGGCGGACGGCGACUCGGGCGGCAGCAAACCAGGCUCGGCUGAUGGGGUUCUCGGAAAGAGAGAAGGAGGUGAUGGAGGAAAGGGGCAAGGAGCAGGAAUCAAAGGGAGGAGUCUACCAGAACCUCCAGGGAUGCUGGUGGUUUUGGGAGGAGGUGGGACGCCUCCGCGGUCUCCUCGAGGGAAAGGUACGUCCUCACUCGAUGAAACUACCGCUCUUUAUUCUGAGCCAGCAGACUCAGUCCGCAUGCCUGUGCACGGGUCCGAUGGUCUUUAUUCAGACCCAGUGGACAGCAUUAAAGUUUCGAGCCAAACCCCCGGUCCACUCGCACCCCCCGUGCCGACACCACGCAAUCGACCAGCUGGAGACGAUGCCUCUGGAGGUGUUGUCCAGGGGGAUCACCAUCCUGGAGCAAACAACAAGACAACAAAAGUACCAGACCUGUACUCGCAUGUGUACGACCAGAUCGGCCAGGACCUGAACCAGAAAACAAACGCCUUGAAGCUGAACGGAGGCGUGGGGGGAGGAAGAGGAGCAGGACGAGGAAAAAAUGACAAGAGACCCCCGGACGGGUCUUCAUCACCUCCUGGCCCGUCUUCGGAUCACAUAUACGAUGAACCUGAAGGCUGUGCUAAAGGAAGUACCGUAUCGGGUCAUUUAGGGAUGACUAUUUAUGACGAGGCCCGUUUGGAACCCCCCACCCCGAGGAGACUGGAAGAGGUGGGGGGCCCAUCAGGACCUGAGGGCACCUACAGCAGCCCCUCUAAGGGGAAGCAGUCAGAGUCCCAAAUACCAGGCCGUGGCGCACCACAACCUCCAGCGCCACGGUGGCCCAAACCCGCCACCGCUCCCAAACCGAACAAGGGUCCUUUCGCUCGGAAGGAGCCGGUGCCCCUGCCGCCAGGAAAACACGGGAGCAACGUCAACAACAACAACAACAUGUGGAGCGCCGGAGGAGGUGGGAAGGAAGUGUACAGCAAAGUAUCGAAACAGAAGCCUCCGCCGGCUCAUCUGUGGUACAAACAGAACCACAAGGCGCAGAUGAGGUCACCUGACCUCAUCUACGACAACUUGGGAGACAUUUGACUUUCUUCUUGGACUAAAAUCCCAAACGCUUAUUCUCUUUCUCAGAAACAAGGCUGAAGCUCAGCAGGGAGCUCCGUUAACUCUGUCUGUGGACUGCAGAAAAACUAGUAAACUAAAAGCAGUUACAAUAAAAGAAAAGAGAUCACAUUAUGGCUGCAUUUUAGUUGAAACACGGGGACGCAACCACUGUUGGGCCACCCUGUGUGCAUCGUGGAGAGGGAAAGUGUUUGCUUGGUCAAACCCAUAAUUGGUUAGCGAGCCACAGUGUGGCCGGAGCCAACCACUUGACUCGAACAGACACACAGAAAUCCAAGGGAUGGCCUACACAAGCUGACAGAGCGGCUUCGCUUUUUUUUUUUCUCUGGGCUUGGAAUUGUGGUUUUGCACUGUGUCAUUCAGCUAUACAAUGUGAAGCAGAGAAUGUGACCGGAUCUGGAGUGUGUUUGUGUCCAGGACUUUGCCACAAGGAGAGGAUCUUGUUUCUGUUUUUUCGGAUCGAUUUAUUACAAUAAAUCUGGUUGAAAACAGGCAAAAAAAAUGGAGCCAUUUCGUUAAAAACAAACUUCUGGAGGCAUGUAAGUUGGAUUUGAGGAACUAAUUCAGGUUUGGAAACACAUAAAAGGGUUUUGUGGUCAAAUCCCAAGAGCAACUUUCUGCACAAGAUAUGUAUAUUUUUUGAAUUUUGAAUGUUUAUUUUGAAAGAUAAACUAAUCAACUCUCUGUAAAGUAUCUAUGUGUGUAUAUGUAAGCGUCUGAAACAGCUGUGCUGUCUGCAAAUACAUUUGAAAAUAAAAAUAUCUCUAAAAAACACAA